CAGCUCCUGCAGCCAAUCAAAGGAGCGCGUCAGUGGCUUCUUCCGUAGCAGAACGGAAGUCCGAUUGGGCUGCGGUGGCGAAAGCUGCUACAGUGUAAACCUAAAGCUGAGGUUCUUGGUCCUCCACAAUGGGUGAACCCCAGCAAGUGAGCGCACUCCCACCACCUCCAAUGCAGUACAUCAAGGAGUAUACAGAUGAAAAUAUUCAGGAAGGCUUAGCGCCCAAGCCUCCCCCUCCAAUUAAAGACAGUUAUAUGAUGUUUGGCAACCAGUUCCAAUGUGAUGAUCUUAUCAUCCGCCCUUUGGAAAGUCAGGGAAUUGAACGGCUUCAUCCUAUGCAGUUUGAUCAUAAGAAAGAACUGAGAAAACUCAAUAUGUCAAUCCUUAUUAAUUUUUUGGACCUUUUAGAUAUCUUGAUAAGGAGCCCUGGGAGUAUAAAACGAGAAGAGAAGCUAGAAGAUCUGAAGCUGCUUUUUGUACACGUGCAUCAUCUUAUAAAUGAAUACCGACCCCACCAAGCAAGAGAGACCUUGAGAGUCAUGAUGGAGGUCCAGAAACGCCAACGGCUUGAAACAGCUGAGAGGUUUCAGAAACACCUAGAACGAGUAAUUGAGAUGAUUCAGAAUUGCUUGGCUUCUUUGCCUGAUGAUUUGCCCCAUUCAGAAGCAGGGAUGAAAGUAAAAACUGAACCAAUGGAUGCUGAUGACAGCAACAAUUGUACUGGACAGAAUGAACAACAAAGAGAAAAUUCAGGUCACAGACGGGACCAGAUUAUCGAGAAAGAUGCUGCCUUAUGUGUCCUUGUUGAUGAAAUGAAUGAAAGACCAUGAAAGUCUUUCUAUUCUUUUUUCAUUUUGGUAACUAGAGUUGUAAAUUAGUAUAUUUUCCUUUUGACAGUUAAAAAAGUUACUGUAUAGCUAAAAACAAGAGGAUUUUUUUCUUGACUCCAGCUUUUCAAUUUUGAGAUGCUAUAGGCAAUAAUUUCACUGCAUAAUAAAGCCAAAUGACUGUAACUACAUUAAGAGUAAUCACCUUAAAAAGCAAAAUGUUUGCUUUUGAGUGGGAGAUUCCUAUCUUUGAAGUUGCAAUAAAACUUUGAAGAUAUCCUCAGCUUUCAUCCAUUUCAAGCUUUUAUCCUUGAAAAAAUAAAUUUGUCAUUUGUUUUAAGAAUGAUAAAUAAAAGAUAUCAAGCUGUAUAUGUGGAAUUAUGAAACCUUUAGACUUAUUUCAUUAAAAAUUUUGCUUUAUUUCCAAAAAGUAAUAUAAAAUGCUAAGAGGAGAACCCAGUAGAGUUAAAAAAAAAACAAACUUGUAUUUUCUUCAUGACUGUCCUGCAUAAAAUGAUAGGGUGGCAGUCCCAUAAGUUGUUCUUUUUGCCAGUCACUCUGGUAAUGAAUUAUUUGGUCACUUUAGUUUCAUGGAUCCAUUUUAGUAAUUAAGAAGACUAUGUAGUUAACUAUACAUUUCCUUUUAGCUCAGGUUUGCUUAGGGUGGGAAGCCUGCAGCAAGAAAAAGUUUGUUAGCAGGGACUGCUAGAUGUCUACCAAAGAUUCUUGCUUCCUUUUGAGAUAAAGUUGAGAGAUGGCUGCCCAGUCAGGGAACGCAUACCUGUAUGUGUCCUUGUAUCUAUGUGAGGUCUUAGCACUUAAGUCCUGGAAAAUGAAAUAAUAUGGGUGUAGGCAUCCAGGUCUGCCUCAUUAAAAUUUCUUACAUGAUCCUCCAUGUUUUUCCGCCAUCUCCUGUUUAAAUAGGCACAUUCAGGGUACCACUGGAAGUCACUUGAAGAUGGCAAAGAUCAGUCAUUCUGGUUCCUUGAAAGAGGACUAGGUCUACCUUUCAUUAAUUGCACAUCUCCUUUCCCAGCGAAUGUGACUUUAUGUGAGCAAAAAAAUAAACUUGUUUUCACUACUGAGA